UGCUCUUUGUCAGUGUGUUGACAACUGACAGUUUGACUUUAACCUAAAAGAUCCUUUUUAUAAUCAAAUAUAAGUCUUAAUUUCAUUUUUAAAUCAAUUAAUAAACACCAGUAAAUUCAUUAUAUUUCACCGAGGUAUUGUAUUGUACAAUGAUUUGAUUUAAACCACUACAAAUUUUUUAUCAGAAAUAUGGGUCAAACUUUAUCCGAACCAGUUACUGCAAAAGACACUGCUUGCUGUCAAGAUACUUCUUACAGAGUUGGAUCAAGCUGUAUGCAAGGAUGGCGAAUAAACAUGGAAGAUUCCCACACUCACAUACUCUCCUUACCCGAUGAUCCGAAUGCUGCAUUUUUCGCCGUGUACGAUGGUCACGGUGGCGCAGAAAUUGCGGACUUUGCUGGUAAACAUCUACACAAGUUCAUUGUAAGGAGACCCGAGUAUAAAAAUGGCGAAAUCGCCGAGGCGAUGAGACAAGCAUUUCUUGAAUUAGAUUCCAGUAUGAUCGAAAAUGAAGUAUUAUUCAACAAACCUUCCGGAUCAACUGCAGUAACGGCUUUAAUCAAAGGAAAUAAAAUUUAUUGUGCGAACGUAGGAGAUUCUCGGAUAGUGGCCAGUAUCAAUGGUCGCGCAGAACCGCUUUCAGAAGAUCACAAACCUUCCCUUCAAUCAGAGUACAAUAGAAUCGUGGCUGCGGGGGGCUGGGUCGACUGUAAUCGAGUUAACGGAAACUUGGCAUUAUCGAGAGCUUUGGGAGAUUUUGCAUUUAAGAGAAAUACAGAAAAAUCUGCAAAAGAACAAAUUGUUACAGCUUUUCCGGAUAUACAGGAACAUAAUAUAACACCAGAUUGGGAAUUUGUCAUUUUAGCUUGCGAUGGUAUUUGGGAUGUAAUGAGUAAUAAAGAAGUGGUGUCUUUCGUCCGAGAAAAUAUUGCCAACGGUCAUGAACCGGAAGAGAUAUGUGAAGAACUAAUGAUGAGAUGUUUAGCUCCUGACUGCCAAAUGGCGGGUUUAGGAUGUGAUAAUAUGACUGUGGUUCUUGUAACUUUUCUUCACGAAGAUUCAUAUGAAAAAUUACAAAUGAAAUGCAAACAAGCGUCUAUUCAGGAAGAGAACAAUGAUGAAAGGAAAGAUGUUGAUCUAGAUAAGGAACUUGCAUGAUUAUGUAUUAUUUUUUGAUAGAUAUCGUAGAAUUGUUAUUAACUGGAUUUGCGGUUACUUACAACAAUAACUUAUAAUAGCAAUAACAUAAUAAGAUUUUGUACAUUAUUAUUUCUAUAUCCGAAAGUCAAAAAGUAAAUUAUGGUAACUCAUUUUAAUAAUAUUCUUGGAUUUGUACUAUGUAAUAUUCUUCUAUUUGUACUUUACUAGUUAUUUUUAAAAAAUAAGUAUUUCAUUACAAAAAAAAUCUGAUAAAAAUUUUCUGCAUUGCAUUACUGGGAACCCAUAUUUAUGAAAGCUUCUCCAAUUACCUUAUUUAUUUUUUGACUGUUUAAAUUAUUUUUGAUUGUACCUAUUAAAUAUAUUGUAAAAAUAUUGUAUUUAU